AAAUAAACAGAAAAAAAAAAAAAAAAAAUAAAGUUAGGUGGGGGAAACUAAUAAAAACAAUAUAGUGAAUAAUUAGAUAAACAGUUUAUAUGCAUGUUUUAUAAUAAUAAUGGCACUAAUAGACCCAAAGUUUGAUUAUUCACACAUAGCAUUAAUUUUUUUAUAUGUAUUAUUAUCAGUAUUUUCUAUUGUUAGUUAUAUAAGAUCAACAACAAAGGAAACUCUUUUUACAAUUUGUUUUCAUUUAAUUCUACUUGUAGCAUCAUUAUUUAGGGCGGUGUCGUUUUUACUAUUUAUUAUAAAUGAAGAACGUGUUAAAUAUAUAGAUGGGAAUCUACUGUUCCUGACGAACGAAUUACCAAGUUUUUUUUAUUUAACUUUUUUUUCUAUGUCUCUUAUUUUAUCCGUUGAAAUUUUUCAAGGAUCUCUUGUUGUUAAAGCAGUUAAUAUGGAAAAGUUAAAAAUAGUUGUAGAAGUUUCAAAUGUAGUAUUAUAUAUAAUACUUGCAGUCCUAUUCACAUUAGAUUUUGUAUUAUUCCCUGAUGAAUCUGCAUCGGUUGAUCAACCAAGUUCAGUUUUUCAAAUUAUUAUUCAAGUUGUUGUUUCUUUUAUUUAUUUAUCCACUUCAAUAGGGUUUUUUGUAUUUUUACUUAAAACUUAUUAUGAACAUUAUGAUUCUAAAUUUGCAGAUGCAUUAAAAACUCAAGAAUCUGUACAGUUUAAAAAGAAAAGCAAUUCAAUUAUAUUUUUCACAUUUUUAUGUUUCCUUGUUCGAUCGAUUAUGACUUGUUUAUCAAUAUUUUUGGCAUUAAAUUUCUGGUUAAGAGAUUUAAUAUACUAUUCAAUUUUUGAAAUUUUACCAAUUUCAUUAUUGAUGUAUAUUAUCAAUGAUAUGGCUCAAAAAGCAGGCUUCAACAAUUCAUUAUUCAGACCCUAUAAACCACUAACAGAAAAUUCAAAACUAACUGAAACCAGUGGUUAUCUCUAUUCAAAGUAUAGUUCAAGUAACAGUUAAUAGUCAGUAAUAUUGUUUUAUUUAAAAUAUAAAAUAAUAAAUAAUAAUUUAAUAAAAAAUAAAAAGUAAAGAAAAAAAAAUAAAGAAAAAUAAAAAUAAAAAUAAUUUUUAGAAAAAUAAAUAAAAGUUUUUUAUUGGUUUUGUGAAU